CAAAUUUCCAUACGUGCCCAUCUCAACUAUCCAUUCUUUUCACGAGCGCCCUAGUGGCCGCCACAGUCCUUAUAUACAAAUACUAUUUAAUCAGUUACAUCUUCAGUACACUACUUCACUAUCAUCAUGCUUCUCAACCCUUUACUUGUCGUGGGACUUGUUUCUCUCACUGCUGCUGCCCCCCAUCUUCAUUUGAGGCUCGAGAAUAAGGUUGGCGCACGCGGAGUUGAGCUGGCUGAGCGAGGAAUUACCUAUGCUCCUCGCAAGCUACAACGGCGAAAGAACCAAGAGAUCACUAUCACUCAGCUCCAAGAAGAGAUUUUGACCAAUUCGCAAAUGUCCUCGGAAGUGGAACUUGUCCAGCUUAUUCAAGAAACGGUCAUUGUCAUCGAUCAGACGAAGGAGAACAAGGACAAUAUCCGCAAAAAUCACUUCAGAAAUGUCAACAAUAACGUGAACACCAUUCUUAUCAUCGUAACUGAAGUCAUAGAUCAACGCAAUUCGCAAAACGUCAAUACCCGCUACAUGGCCCGGCAGAUCCAAUCCAACAGCCAAUCCUCCAGGAAGGUCAUGGCCAUGAUCCAAGAAUCCCAACAGCUGAUCAUCGGCGGGAACGGCGCCAAUUCAAACCUCAACAACGUCAGUGCAACUCCCGCUGGGGUCGCAUCUGCUCAGUCAAGUGCCGCCGCGCAAGUCAACCCUAAUGUUGUGACCAUGGAUCCCAACGCUACGCCAGAACUCAGCAAUGCUACCAUGCUCCUCCCAGCCGGUAUUCCGCAGCCAAACUUUGGAGGCUUGCAGGCUAUUCAAGAUCCCGCGAUCAUUAUCGAGCCAAAUCAGCAGGUCUUUGUGGAUUUCGUGAAUCAACAGCAGGAGCAGGCCAGUAUUAUUAACAUCAGUGGUUAAGGGCUUAUUGGUGAGAUCCUGUGGAUUGGUUGGAUACAGGUAAUAAGUAGAAACGGAAUGACAGGUUUGGGGUCCGAGCUGGAACGGUAGGAUGGUACGAUACCGAGUGGGAGCAGGGAGCCCGAAAUCUAUGAAUGCCGACGGUAGACCCGCGGCUUGAGUAGAGAUAGUUGGACCAAAGAGUAGUUGAGGAUAGGAUUAAUUCAAUUUACAGGAUUCUUUUGCAGC